CUUUAUUUGUUCACUCAGAAAUGAAAAGAAACGGCGCUUACAGGUUUUUGUCGGUUUUCUCGUGUUUCAUCGUUUGCGUGUUCUUAUUUUUGUUUUGGUUUUUCGUGUUUUACACUCUGGUGCUCGUUCCGUAAAUCACAAUGUUAGCGGCUAGGCUAAAGCUACUUACCCACAGUGCAUUGCUGUGUUGACAAGUUUAGCAGUCACAUGAUCAGCCUGAGCAGGAAGUGAGGGUUUUGUGUGUCUCGGGUUCGGAAUGGCAGCUGACUCUGGCUCAGACCUCAGGCUGCAGUUUGCUCCUUUCAGCAGUGCUUUGGAGGCAGGAUUCUGGCACCAGCUCACCCAAAAGAAACUAAAUGAAUACAGAUUAGAUGAGAGCUCCAAACCUAUCAUAGGAUACUACUACAAUGGAGACCCAGCUGGUUUGCCGUCCCGCCUGACUUUAGAGUUCAGCGCAUUUGAUGUGGAUGGUCCGACCCCUGCUCGCUGCUGUCCAGUUGUAGGAACACUGUACAACACCAACACACUUGACACCUUUAAGACCACUGAUAAGAGGGCUCUGCUGGAGAAACAGGCUAAAGAGAUAUGGGUUGCUAUACAGUCAGGAGCUGCACUGAAGGAUCCCUCCAUCCUUUGCAAAUUCAUCCUGCUGACCUUUGCAGAUUUGAAGAAGUAUCAUUUCUACUAUUGGUUCUGCUUCCCUGCACUCUGUUUUCCAGAGGGAAUAAAAAUUCUCAAACAGCCUGCUGUACUUGAACACGUUUUCUCAGCAAAGCAGAUCACAGCCUUACAGGAGGCCUAUGAUGACCUUUGUAUCAAAAGAGAAACUACUGCAGUUCCUUAUUUCCUGAUGAAAUACAUCAGUGACGCUGUGCAGAUGGCUCCAUUGUGUGACUGGGAUGAUUUCUUCCCAGAUACAAAGAAGGUUACUGUGGGCUUCUAUGAUCCAUGUACUCUCUCUGAACAUCCAGGCUGGCCUCUGAGAAAUCUACUUGUCCUGUUAGCUCAUCAAUGGGGUGCUAAGCUGGACACAGUUGAGGUUCUGUGUUUUCGGGACAGAACUUUACAAGGAGGUCGCUCUAUUCAGCACAGCAUCAUCUUCCAGAUUGAGCUCCCUGAAAUUCCCCUUAACUCGGGUUGUCCUAAAAGUGUAGGCUGGGAGAAAAACCCAAAGGGUGCCAUGGGUCCCAGGAUUGUCAACCUUAGUGAAAGCAUGGAUCCUAAAAGACUUGCAGCAUCAUCAGUGGAUCUCAAUUUGAAGCUAAUGAGAUGGAGAUUGGUUCCCUCAUUGGACCUGGAUAAGGUGGUUAGUUCAAAGUGCCUCCUACUGGGAGCCGGGACUCUGGGCUGCAGUGUAGCCAGGACACUCAUGGGAUGGGGCGUAAGACGCAUCACAUUUGUCGACAAUGCCAAGAUCUCGUACUCUAAUCCAGUACGGCAGCCACUUUAUGAGUUUGAGGACUGUCUUGGAGGUGGAAAAUAUAAAGCUCUGGCAGCUGUGGAACGACUCACCAAAAUAUUUCCUGGUGUGAAUGCUAAAGGUUACAACAUGAGCAUCCCCAUGCCUGGUCAUCCUGUGAAUUUCUCCCAGGCCACUCUUUCUCAAGCACAGAAGGAUGUGGAGCAACUGGAGAAGCUCAUUGCUGAACACGAUGUGAUCUUCCUACUAAUGGAUACCAGAGAAAGUCGCUGGCUGCCAACAGUGAUAGCUGCCAGCAAGAGGAAAUUAGUGGUUAAUGCUGCUCUUGGCUUUGACACAUUUGUUGUGAUGCGUCAUGGCCUGAAGAAGCCACCUGCCAGUCCGAGCGAAUCUGUAGGUGCAGAUUCUUCUUCCUCCUGUUCUUCUGCUUUCUCUUCAUCAUCCACGCCAGCCGGCUCUGCCCCGACUCUCCCAGGAUCCUCUCUGUUUUCCAAUAUUCCAGGGCACAAACUCGGCUGCUACUUCUGCAAUGAUGUGGUGGCACCAGGAGAUUCAACCAGAGACCGGACUCUGGACCAGCAGUGCACAGUCAGUAGACCUGGUUUGUCUAUGAUUGCUGGAGCGUUGGCUGUUGAGAUGAUGGUGUCUAUUCUGCAGCACAGUGAAGGGGGCUAUGCAGUGGCUAGCAGCAGUGAUGACAGAAUGAAUGAACCUCCCACCUCUCUGGGUUUGGUGCCACAUCAGAUCCGUGGAUUUCUUUCCAGGUUUGACAAUGUGCUGCCUGCCAGCCUGGCCUUUGACAAAUGCACCGCCUGCUCACCCAUUGUAUUGGACCACUACGAAAAGGAAGGUUGCCAGUUUUUGUUCAAAGUUUUUAAUUCUUCUCACUCAUUCCUGGAAGACUUGACAGGGCUGACACUUCUUCACCAAGAAACGCAGGCUGCUGAGAUUUGGGACAUGAGUGACGACGAGAGCAUCUGAAAGACUACCAGAAGAAACCUCAGAGGAUGUGGAUGCUGUUUGUUUGACAUCUACAAGAGACAAUUAUUGGUAACAAAAAGAAAGGCCAUCGUACAGAUGUUUGGUUAAGUUGGCAAAAAUCUUAAGGAAAAAAAAAAAAUAAAUCUACAAAUUGAAUUGCAGCUUCAGACUUUUUAGGAAGCGAUCGAGGCAGCCACUCCCUAUAUUAACAAAGAACAUGAUGUGUAUCCUAAAAUAAUCAAAUCAGUAGAAAACUCAACUGCAACUUUACUGAAGUCUGUGUUUAAAAAUAAACAAAUCAAAGUUUUUCUCUUUUUUUGACAUUAUUGCAGAAUCUGAGCUCCCACACCUCGUGGAAAUGUAAAAAAAAAAAAGAAAAAAAAAAAGCCGUUUUAUCUGUUUGUUGUGAGCGUCUCUAUUUGUUAUAGUUUGUUUUUAAUGUCUGAAAUAACAGUAUGUUCAGCAUAAUGAAAUGUAUUUUUUUCAUAAGGUGUUAAAUAUUUAUGGCAGAGGGGGAAAGCCACACAAAGAAAGGCUGUAAGAUUAACAUUUAUGAAAAUGAACCAAAAAA